AUGACCCGGGGUUCGAAUUCAUCUGGAGGUUAUAUCACCUUUAUAGAGAACUGGGCCAUAGGAAAGGAGUUCAGGCGGCGUGAUGGCGAUCCGAAGCGCAUGAUCGCCUUUCAGCAAGCGCUGAACUACACCCACUCGAAAUAUUGGGAGAAGAUGUAUCCUCAGAAUUACUACCUCGUUCUGCUUGCAACCCAUCCAGACUAUCGUCGGCGCGGUGCGGGCACUGCGCUCACUCAAUGGGGUGUUGAUCAGGCUCUGGCUGCUAGCAUUGACGUAGGCCUUGAGGCAAGUCCGAUGGGAUUUCCAUUGUACCAGCAUAUGGGCUUCGUUCUGUUGGAGAAUCUGGUAAUUAAGCCAGAUGCGGAUGACGAUCCUGCGAGUAUGCUGCUGAGGGUUAUGGUAUAUGACAAGAACAACAAGUUCUCAAUGGUCUGA